AUGGGUUACAAUAUAGCAAUGGUUACUGAUUUUUUCUACCCACAACCAGGUGGCGUGGAGUUCCAUGUGUAUCAUUUAUCUCAAAAGCUAAUUGACUUGGGUCAUUCAGUAAUUAUAAUAACUCACAAUUACAGUGGCAGAAACGGAAUAAGGUAUCUAACCAAUGGAUUGAAAGUUUAUUAUGUACCAUUCUGGGUACUCUACAGAUCUUCGGCUUUCCCCACGGUCUUCUCGGCUUUCCCGAUACUACGCAAUAUAUUUAUUCGAGAAAGUAUUGAUAUUAUACACGGACACGGAUCCUUGAGUACUUUUGGACACGAGGCAAUAUUCCACGGCAGAACUAUGGGAUUAAAAACAGUGUUCACCGAUCACUCAUUAUUUGGGUUCGCUGAUUUUGGUUCCAUUUGGGGUAAUAAGGUUUUGAAGUUUGCAAUCAGUGAUGUGGGUCAUGUUAUAUGUGUUAGUCAUACAUGUAAAGAAAACACAGUGUUGAGAGGUAGCAUUGAACCUUGGAAAGUAUCAGUGAUACCCAAUGCAGUUAUUUCAAAGGACUUUCAACCCGAUCCACUGAGUGACAGAAAAGGAAACAACAACGUGAUUACAAUUGUUGUAAUUACCAGACUUUUUCCAAAUAAAGGAGCCGAUUUAUUGACGGCUAUUAUACCAAGGAUAUGCCUUUCCAACCCGAAAGUCAAAUUCAUCAUUGCUGGCGAUGGUCCCAAAUUCUUGGAUUUGGAGCAAAUGCGAGAAAAGUAUUUUCUACAAGAAAGAGUAGAACUUAUUGGAGCAGUCAAGCACGAGGAAGUGAGAAAUGUGAUGAUCCAGGGCGAAAUAUAUUUACACCCUUCAUUGACAGAAGCAUUUGGAACUGUUAUUGUUGAGGCUGCAUCAUGCGGUCUAUACGUGGUCACAACAAAGGUUGGUGGUAUUCCCGAGGUAUUACCAUCUAAUAUGACCAGUUUUGCUGAGCCAGAGGAAGAUUCCCUAGUUGAGACAACGCUAGAUGCUAUAAACAAGAUACAAUCAGGUGAAAUGAACACGUCACAUUUUCACGAAAGCGUGUCGAAAAUGUAUAGUUGGAGUGAUAUAGCUCAUCGAACAGAGGCAGUUUAUGAUAGUUUGGACUUAGAUGAUUUAAAUGAAUCGUUGAUCAAUAAACUACUGAAAUUUUACUGUUGUGGUUUGAUAGCAGGAAAGUUAUUUGUGUUGAUGGUGAUUAUUGACAUAUUUAUAUACACGAUACUUGAAUGGUUGUACCCUAGAGAACACAUUGAUCUAGCAACCAAAUGGCCACAGCAAGGAAAGCAUAGAACAAUCAGGAGACGUUCUUGA